AUGACCAUCCCUCACGCCACGAGCAACGAUACAGCAUUCAGGGGGUACAACAUCCCAAAGAACACGUCGGUAACAGUAAACAUCUGGUCCGUGCACCAUGACCCAAAUCUGUGGCCGGAGCCGGACAAGUUUGACCCCACUCGCUUUAUUAAUGACGAGGGCAAAUAUUUCAAGAAGAAUGAGGUUAUUGCUUUCUCCAUGGGCCGACGUGUCUGUCUUGGUGAACAGCUAGCCAGGAUGGAGCUCUUCCUCUUCUUUACAUCUCUGCUGCAGCGCUUCACCUUCAAGCUGCCAGAGGGCGCUCCUAAACCUUCUGAGAAAGGAAUCCAUGCAGCAUUGCAUCACCCUGUGCCCUUCAAGCUAAUUGCUGAACCAAGGGAAUGA